AUGGCAAACAACGAUACUAUUACCGCCGAUAAUAAGGUGUUGGAAGAAAAACUCGACAUUGAGUUUGAGAACCAGGAACUUGCUCUGGGUGUAACCUCAUCGGGCGGGCUCGAAGAGGUUUACGAUGGAAAACAAAACUUUAAGGGAUAUGUCCCCACAGAAGAGGAACUCGAGACUCUGCGCAAAGUCCCAGACUCAUUGCCCAUGUCUGCAUGGUCUGUUGCAGUUGUUGAGUUGUGCGAACGAUUUACAUACUACGGCAUUACUGGUCCAUUUCAAAAUUAUAUGCAGAAUCCCCGGGGCGGGCUCCGACCUGGUGCUAUUGGACUUGGACAGCAAGGUGCCAGUGCCCUCAGUUACUUUUUCCAAUUUUGGUGCUAUAUUACUCCCAUUUUCGCUGCCAUUAUUUCUGAUCAGUACUGGGGAAAGUUUAAGACAAUUUGCGUAUUUUCUGGAAUUUAUGUUAUUGGUACCCUCCUUUUGUUUGUUACUUCGCUUCCAACUGCUAUUGAACACAAUGCUGCCUUAGGAGGCCUCGUUGCUGCCAUGAUUAUCAUUGGUUUGGGUACUGGUGGUAUCAAGUCGAAUGUUUCUCCUCUGAUUGCUGAACAGUACACUGUAACAAAACCCUAUGUUAAGACCCUCAAGUCUGGAGAACGUGUUAUUGUGGACCCCUCAACUACUGUUCAGUCUAUUUUCAUGGUGUUUUACUUGUGUAUCAAUGUGGGUUCUCUUUCUGCAAUUGCCACAACUGAGAUGGAGCUUAACAUUGACUUUUGGGCUGCAUAUCUGCUUCCCUUUUGCUUCUUCUUUGUUGCUAUUCUAUCUUUGGCAAUCUUUGGAAAGUACUAUGUUAAGAAGCCUCCUACCGGCUCUGUCAUGCCCCAUGCUUUCAAGAUUAUUACGAUUGCUGUUAAGAAUAAGUUUAGUCUUGAAAAGGCCAAGCCUUCUGUUCGCGAAGCUGAGGGUCUUUCUGUUGUUCCUUGGUCAGACUUGUUUGUUGACGAGUUGAAGCGUGCUCUGGUUGCUUGCAAGGUGUUUAUCAUUUACCCCAUUUACUGGGUUGUCUACGGUCAAAUGAUUAACAAUUUCAUUUCACAGGCUGGUCAAAUGAAUACUCAUGGCAUUCCCAAUGACAUUAUGCAAAACAUUGAUCCCAUUGCCAUUAUCAUUUUCAUCCCCAUUAUGGAUCGCCUGGUUUACCCACAGCUGCGCAAGUGGGGAAUUCCCUUCAAGCCUGUCACUCGUAUUUUCUUUGGCUUUAUGUUUGCCGCCAUUUCCAUGGCCUACGCUGCUAUUGUCCAACAUUUGAUUUACAAUACUGGCCCCUGUUACGAUGCUCCUCUGGCCUGCGCUGCCUCAAUGGAUGGCUCUAUCCCUAAUAACAUUCACGUGGCUGUCCAGACCCCUGCAUACUUUUUCAUUGCACUUUCCGAAAUCUUUGCCUCCAUUACUGGUCUUGAGUAUGCUUACACCAAGGCUCCCACUAAUAUGAAGUCGUUCAUUAUGUCGAUGUUUUUGGUUACAAAUGCCUUUGGUGCUGCUCUGGGUAUUGCUCUUUCUUCAACUGCCGUUGAUCCUAAGCUGGUCUGGAUGUACACUGGUUUGGCAGUUGCUACCGCCAUUGCCGGUGUCAUUUUCUGGUUCCUCUUUAAGGAUCUCAAUAAGAUGGAAGAUGAACUUAAUGCCAUUGACGCCGAGUACAAUACUGAAGUUAUUGCCCAUUCUACUGAGGAAGGUAAGAAGAAUGAUAGAGGAGAGGUUACAUAUGAAGCCUAG